UACCGCCGUUGGCGCCGUUGCCGAAUGUUCAUCGCUCGAGACUCUCUCGAGGGACGGUCUGUGCGGUGCGCCAGUCUACACAAAUUCUUUUCGAUUUCAUUAUCAUUAUUACUGACAUAAGAAUUUAAUUAUAUCCACGUUUUUACAUGGAUCGCAAUUCAAUCAAAUUCGCAGUGCCCCGGUCACGUAGGUAAUAUCGGCGCGUGCACGAAGCAUGAUACGGGCGACGGCGGUGUCGGGGAAAAUAAAUCUGAUAAAAAUGACGUGUUGAGAAGAUACGCUUUAUCGCUUGACGGGGAGCGUCGAAGGAAUUGCCCAAGAGGUAGGAUGGAGGAGAGCGGCACGAGCUCGGAAAAUGUCUGGCACAAGGGCAAGCCUGAAGAGCAAAGCGGGCUGUUUCAAGGAGAGUCCGCGGCCGCGUCCGUAGAAGCCAACUCUACGUCGUUGGCCGAUAUAUUUGACACGGCGUUCACGUCGACGGUUGAUCCAUCGCCGCAGCCUCGGUUUCCUUCAGGUAAUGAAAUGGAGUACGAGCAUUUAUUCGCGGAAAGUGAUAUCGAAGAGUCAGACGUAACAGCUAUAGGUCCUUAUGCAAAUUCAGCUCAUCCUACUGCUUCCGAGAACAAUUUUGUUUAUGGAAAUUAUUUAACGCAGCAAGAUGCAACUGGCGACUCGCAGGAGUAUUGGCAAUCUAAUCUCUUGAAUUGCAACAUGUGCCAAAAUAGACAAGAAAGAAACUCUAAAAAAGAUCCUCCUACUCGACAAUUGAAUAAUUCGUGCGAGGACAGAGUGUGUGACAAUUAUAGAAGAAAAAGAAUUUUGCACGAUCGUGACUUGACGGUCAAGCAUAAAACUAAAAAGAGCGACGAACAAAAAUUAUUGAGUGGUCAGCAGCCAGAUAGUUUGAGUAUAGCUGGACCGUCUAGAUUGUCGGAUCAUCCUAUUUCAAACAGUAUAACGAGAGCGGCAGAAAACGCAGAUGUUUUACAAAAUUUAGGAAGUGAUAAUGCCAACGAGUCUAAUAGUUUGUAUCAUUCAGUUAUGUCAAAUGUGAUAACUCCUCAAGAAAUGCAUUCAUCUCAAAGUGAUGACACACCAUCGGCACCAGAUCUGCAGCUAGAUUGGUCCUCCAGUAGUGAUAGUGACGAUGAGGAUGGCUCGGUUGAAGUACUUGGAACUGUCAACCAUAAUGCCAAGAAUUCAUUAGAAAAUACAAAUGAGGAUAAUCAUACAGUCACCGUAGUUGACUUAACUGUAGAAUCUGACGAAGAGCACACAUCAUCUACGCCGACAAAUCCUGUAGUUAAUCCAUGGUCAGCAGAUUAUAAUCAUAGAAAUAAUACCCACUGUAUGCAUGGACCACCACCAGAUUAUUGGAAUCAUCUGCAUAAUAUUUCUAACAUGCAUAGAGGCAGGUAUCACAAUCAUAGAUUGCCUGCUCAAACAGGUUAUUCACCUAUAGGAGAUACAGCUACGGAAGUAGUACAAGUAAGACCACGGAUGCAUCCUAUGCAAGAAAGAUUAUGGAUGAAUCAGCAACGCAUGCAGGAAGUACAUAGACGAAGACUUUACCACAGAUCUUCGUCUCAUCACACUGCGGGACCAUGUAACGCUCACGUGCAUUCAUCGACGCAACAUACUUGUGGAGAGGGAGAAAACAGUAGUCCCCCGAACACUCGAUGCAAUAAUGGCACGGAUAAUGCAGCGUAUACAGAAAAUUAUCUCCCACCUCCUAUCUUACCGCCGCCGCAGCAACCUACUGUUUACAGUCAUCCCGAGGCUCGAGGGCCAUCUAGCUUCUAUAGGGGACCAUGCCCUGUGCUGCCUAUAAUCGUAAAUCCGUUGAAUAAUCAGCCAGUAGACUCGAUGUCUCCGCUGAUGUUACCAUCGAUACAUCAACCGAUACAUCAACACGUGCAUCAUCAUAUGUAUCAUUAUGAUCCACAUCAACGGCAACGCAUGCAUCACGUUCACAUUAGUUUCCAUCCCCAUAUGCAAGGAUCUGGAGCACACCAGAUAGUACCGUUUGCACCGGGUAUGUCAGAAUUUGUAUUGCAAGGAACACGUCACAUGUCUCGACUGGACAACUACAUGCGCAUUGUUGAUUUGCGACGUAUGGCUCAUAUAAGUUGUGGGGCUACACAAGAGUCCAUUGAAAGCCACACAUUCCCUCACAAAUAUAAACGGGUAAAAAAGGUAGAAAAUGGGGAAGAUGCUAUUGAGAAAUGUACAAUAUGUUUAUCUGAAUUUGAAGAUUGUGAACGUGUCAGGAGGCUUCCAUGUAUGCAUUUAUUUCAUAUUGACUGCGUUGAUCGAUGGUUAUGCACCAAUAAACGUUGUCCUAUAUGUCGAGUGGAUAUCGAAACAUUUCUCCAUAAGGAAUUUACUACUUCGGCAUAGUUUAAGGUUUCCCAUAUCUGCCUCUUUUUGAAAUGUAAUCAGGUAACGUAUAUAUGAUAUCAAAUAUUUCAAGAUGGUCCAUCCAGGAAAAAAAUGCACUGGGUUACCACUACUAUUACGAAAUAAUGAUGUAAAAAUGUUAUGGAUAAUCAAAAUAACGAAGCAUCAGCUGAGUUCCUCAAGAAGACAAGAAGAGUUGUCAUUGUUUCUUUUUACAUCUACCAUCUGUAGUUGAUUUUAUGUGUCUUGAUAAUGAUAAAUAUUAAAUUGAUUUAUCGAACAUUAAUGACUUAUUCAUAUUUAAUUUUUAUCUUUUUAUCUAUAAAUAUAAAACAAAAUCUGUACUAUGAGAACAUCCAACAUUCUUUAUAUGAUUUUAUAAAGAUAUGGCAUUUUUUUUUAUAGAAUAUGUAAUAUUUAAAAAAUAUAUACAUAGACAUAUACAGAGAGCAACUCGAUUUGAUUCUAUAUCGAUAUAACUUUGGGUAUACAAAAUAUAUAUGCAUAUAAAUUAUAUACAUUCAGUGUAUUUCAACUUAUGAGAGUGUAUUGGAGUUUCUAUUGUAAAUAUUUCAUUGAUUGUAUGUAAAUUUUUGUAAUGCUUGUAUUAAAUUUGUGACCUUAACCAAAUUCUAGUAUUACAUGUUAUACUAGCGAUAAUUCAAAGAGUAGCUUCGUUCUAAUUUUGUCCUGAAUAUUGAUAUAUAUAUACAGGAUACAUAUUAGGCCCUAAUUUGAUUCCGAUCAUUCAUUCUCAACAGCAUAGAUCUGAAUAUUGGAAAGAUAUCAAUUUGCAUCUGUUGCAAGUUGCUAUUGAUUAUUCUCCGUGUGAGAAUAUCGCUAGUGCGUUUUUCAAAUUACUUUAUAUUAUUAUAUCUAUUAAUACGUUACAUUUCAUUUUCUUUAUAGACAUUAUUCUAAUUAAAUUCGAACGCAGCGGCAAUUGAAAUAAUAUUGAAAAUGAUAUGGCAGUCUUGUAUUCAAUUAUGAAUUUAUACUGAAUUUCUUUGAUUAUUACCGAUGCUAAGCCAAAGACUUAGCUUAAGUUAUAAGCGUAAACGAAUAUCCGAUCUAUAGGAUGAUUAAGCAAUUUUAAAUAAAUUAAAGAUAAUCGCCA